UGCUUAUUUGCGCGCACAAACACAAUCUUCUCAUUCUUAUCCUUGCUCACCACGAUCAGUGAAAAGACAUACUAAUCACAAAGAUGUCUUCAUUAGAAUUACUCAACCCUCGGGCUGAGUCUGUUAGACGUCAACAAGCCUUACAAGUCAAUACACAAGGUGCAAUUGGAAUAUCUAAUGUCUUGAAAAAUAGUUUGGGUCCAAAUGGUGCGGUGAAAUUGCUGGUUGAUGGAAGUGGAAACUUGAGAGUAUCAAAAAGUGGAAGUGUUUUACUAAAAGAGAUGCAAAUCACCAAUCCAACAGCAAGCAUGAUCGCACGCACUGCUGUUGCACAAGAUGAUCAAUGUGGAGAUGGAACGACAUCGGUUGUUUUAUUGGUCGGAGAAUUACUCAAACAAGCUGAUAGAUAUAUCCAAGAAGGCGUUCAUCCUCGUGUAAUCUCUGAAGGUUUCGAGGCAGCAAAGGAAGGUGCUUUGAAGUUUUUGGAAACAUUCAAGAAGCAGCCCAAGUUGGAUCGCUCUACUUUGGUCACAGUUGCACACACCUCCCUUUCGACAAAGAUUCACAGCAGAUUAGCCGAACAAUUAGCCGGUGAUAUUGUCGACGCAGUCCUAGCAAUCAAACCUUCAACUUCUACCACAGUCGCAGUGCCACCAAAACCAGCAGCAGAUGGCUCAUCUGAGAAGGUGGACGAAUGGCAAGUUUCUGAUCCAAUCGAUCUGCAUAUGGUUGAAAUCAUGAAGAUGCAACACCGUAGCGAAACAGAUACCCAUCUGAUCAGAGGUUUGGUUCUUGAUCACGGAGCAAGACAUGCCGAUAUGCCAAAGCGUGUGGAGAACGCAUAUGUGCUAACAUUGAACGUCAGCUUGGAAUAUGAAAAGACAGAGGUAAACUCAAGCUUCUUCUACUCUUCAGCCGAACAAAGAGAGAAAUUGGUCGAAUCAGAACGCAGAUUCGUCGACAGCAAAUUGAAGAAGAUCAUUGAAUUGAAAGAGGCAGUCUGUGAUAGUAAUGUAGGAGACAAGGACGAGAAGAAGAAAGGCUUUGUCAUCUUUAACCAAAAAGGUAUCGACCCUAUGUCUCUGGAUGUCUUGGCCAAACAUGGAAUUUUGGCAUUACGCAGAGCAAAGAGAAGAAAUAUGGAACGUCUACAACUAUGUUGCGGUGGUAUGGCAAUGAACUCGGUUGAUGAUUUGACGCCAGAAGUUUUGGGUUAUGCCGGACUGGUGUAUGAACAUACGUUGGGAGAGGAAAAAUUCACCUUUGUGGAAGAUACCAAGGAUCCAAAGAGUGUUACCCUGCUCAUCAAGGGCCCCAAUGCUCAUACCAUUCAACAGAUCCAUGAUUCCGUUCGAGGAGGAUUACGUGCUGUCAAACAUACAAUCGAAGACAACGCUUUGGUGCCCGGAGGUGGUGCAUUCCAGAUCGCUGCUGCUCAACAUUUGAUGGAUGUUGUGAAAAAGGAUGCUAAAGGACGAGCAAAAUUGGGAGUUCAAGCAUUCGCAGAUGCAUUGUUGAUCAUUCCCAAAACGCUUGCAUCUAAUGGUGGAUUUGACGUUCAAGAUGUUAUUGUUGCUUUGCAAGAAGAAUAUGCAGAUGGAAAUAUUGUUGGUUUAGAUCUCAAAACUGGAGAGCCAACGGAUGUGAUCACACAAGGUAUUUGGGAUCAAUACCGUACCCUUCGACAUGCUCUUCAUAGUUGUUCGGUGAUCGCAUCGAAUAUUUUAUCUGUUGAUGAAAUCUUACGAGCAGGAAGAAGUUCACUCAAGAAUGAACAACCAGGUCCAUGAAGGGAGGAAAAGAGGGAAAAUGAAGUUGAAAUCGAAGGAUUUUGUACAAUUUACAUCAAUGCCAUCCAAUUCAUUACAUUAUAGAUACACGUGGCUAUGAUGGGAAGCAAAGUUUAGAUAAGCACAUAUUUGAUCCCGUAUUCUGACAUUCAGGCUAAUCUAUUGUUUCCCGGGAUAUGAGAUUGAAGAAGAUCUUGGAAGAACAAUGCUUUUUUGACUGCCACAAUUGAACUCCUUACUUUAGAUAAAGACUUAGGAAGAAUGAAAAAGCAAAAAGCG